UCACCAGAUGUUGAAAAUAGCAGUUUCUACCAAGGAAACAAUUAGUAGCAUAUGCACAAAGCUACCUAUAAUCCAUAUUUAGCAAGCUCUGAUACAUUUUGUACCCAGACUAUAUAUAGAAUCAGAAUGAAAGGGUUAAACCAGAGAGAUUGCGGAAAAAUUCAGUCUUUGUGCUCAGCAUUCUUCCUGCUCCGGCUUUAACACAAUGACAAGCAUAUGUACCUAACUAGCAGGAAACAGCAACUAGCUUUUAAUAGAGAGCAGAUGUGUCGGGUAAUAGAAUUGAAAUAGAAAAGUACAGAAACUAUUUGUGGUAAUGGUACUGUUUGUGGAAGUGUACUCUAGAUGCGUGAGCUACGAAACAGGAUGGAGUGAAUCAGACGGAUACAAAACUUGAAUAAUUGUUAACCGUAUAUCAUAAGCUGAAUUUUACUUGACCUUGCCCGGACAGAAGAACACUGAAGAAAUUCCCGAUUCAAAAUUAUUUGAGCCAGGAGCUGGAAAAGCUGCUUUGAUUGUCGUUCGGGUCCCUUCCUCAGAGGAAACACAUCCUGUUAAUGUUUGACUGUGAAGUCGCAGUGCUGAAUGUUUGUUGCAGCCAGUUACGCCCAGAGGCCCGGCAAGAGAGCUAGAAAAACAACCGUUUCCUCCUCGCUUUCAGAAAGAGUCUGUUUCUCCUUGGUAUCUGAUACGUUAUGUUAAAGAUCGUGUCACAGUCGAAAUAUCAAGUCUGAUUCAACAAGAUGGCCAAUGUCUGCUUGACUGUUUGAUCUGUGAUUCUGCAAUUGUUAAGAUUCCGAUUGAAACAAAGAUUCUUUCUGCAAGCAUUAUACCAGGCUGCUUAGUGUAUCAAGGUAACUUGCCUUUUAACAAGCCGACAGACAGGUGUGCUGCCUCAGGAGGGCACCGACUGGUCCCACUGGCUUUAUUCAAGACUCUUCUGUUGGAGCAUCUAGAUCUUCAACCCAAGGGAUGGACCUGCAAACUCGGCAGCUCAUCACUGCCGCAUCUCUGGUCGAGAAGGCACAAGAGGGUGGAUAAGCUUAGCAAAAGCGCAGAAUACUUGGAUUCACAACGUCCCUACCGGGAGGACAGUAGCAAGGCAAGAAUGAACGCCCAGCUUCCCUAGCAGCCUUGCACUAGCUCCAGCUACUCGCACAUUUCCAACGCACAUGUGUUUUGUGUGGAAAUAAAGAGGCUCCUUGUGUUCAGUGGGCAACUAGAGCAGGUGUGGAGCUGGAGAAGGCAGCUGGGCAUGGCUGUUCAAAAGCUGGUGGCAGCUGCAGCAGCGGUGGCUCUCCUGUCCCUGAUUCUCAACAAUGCGGCAGCCAUCACACCCAACUGGGUGUACCAGGCCUUGGAGGAUGGGAGAAAGCGCAGUGUUGGAUUAUGGAAGAUGUGCUAUGGCCACGAUAAAGGCAAAGUGUCAAUGCAGCAUGAACAAACCCCAGAUCGUGAAUGUGAGAAUUUAAGCUGGGGAUCGGAGCACCCUGGAUUUCAAGAAUCUCGAAAUACAGUCAAACUUCAGUUUGAUAUGAUGCGAGCCUGUAACAUGAUCGCCACAGUGGCUCUGACAGCGGGCCAGCUCAUCUUCCUCCUGGGACUGAUGGAACUGCCACUUAUCACCCAGGACUCGCAGUGGUGGGAGGAGGCCAUUGCUGCUCUGUUCCAGCUGUCCAGUUUUGUGUUGGUGAUUGGACUGGUGACGUUCUACCGCAUUGGCCCCUACACUCACCUCUCGUGGUCCUGCUACCUGGACAUCAGUGCCUGUCUCUCAUCCACACUUGCAGCAGCUAUACUAAUCUGGAAUAUCCUACACCGGCGGGAGGACUGCAUGACACCCCGCGUUAUUGUUAUCCGCCGCUCCCGCCCACGCUUCGAAAACGACUACGUGGAGUCGCCGUGCUGAACAAACGCAGAGGGCGGUGCGCAACAAUUUGCACACGUUGGAGAAUUGCCAGGUCUCAGCUUACUCAUGAAAUAACCACAUUUCUGCUUAACAGCCUGUGUCUGCAAGGUUGGGCGAGUGGGCACAUAGAGGGAGAAGGAGAAAGAAAUGCUUUAAUCCGAAACUAACAGUUCUGACUUGCGAUCCCCAACACAUUUUUCAGAGAGCAAUGUAAACCAUGGAUUCAAUAUACUACAACAGAACAGGAAAGCGGCAUAAACCGAUGGGAGGACAAACUCAGCAACUGAAGGAAACCAAUCUUUCACAGGGCUAAAGGCAUUUCCUGUGAUCCAAUUCCCAACAAGGUUCUCAUCUUCAGACAGUAUCUGGUGCACUGCUAAGAUGACCACAAUAGAUAUAGGAUCUUGUCUGUUCGUGGCUGGGACACUGGGCCAAGGAAUACUUUGAAGCUGAAUGAAUCUUACUGCUCUCCCUUUAGUAAAUAUAUUCACCCUGUACAAGCAUCUGCUCACGAGUAUCUGUACUUUAUUGUGGAUUCAGAGGUGUCCUGAUUGCCAAAUAUUUAUAGGAAUAGUACUCAAUAAACUAGACUUUAAUUUAAAGCGUCUAAUUAGAUAACACGCGAUACACAUUUUAUGUAAUAAUAGACCGAAGAGAAGAGAGUGGCUUUUCCUACGUUUCUUAAACUGGGAACCUCAGUAUACAACAGGACCGAUACCAUUAUAUCAGGAAAGCUUACAUAUGAAGAGCCGAAAUUCAAAGAACUACAAAUCUUAAAAUAAGAACAGAAUAUGUAACAGACACGCAGUAGACCAGGAAGAUUCUGUAGAAAGGGAAAUAGGGUUGAUGUGCCAAAUUAAAGAGUGUUCAUCAGCUCUGCCGCAUCAACUCUGCCUCGUUUGCUACAGACACUGCCUGACCUGCUGAGUGUGAUCAUUGGUUAUCUUUACCACAAAAGGUAGGAUUUUUAUAACAUGACAACCAGAAUGGGCAGCCUGUAAUUAUCAUUGUACUUUAAGGCAGGAGCAUGCACACACCAUUGGAUGAGGUUAAAGUGAAGGCGUCUCUUGUUAAGGCUGUUUUACAAAAUUUACAGUAGUUUUUCAAAGUGUAUUUAAAUCGUACAGUAUUGCAAUAAAUGGGCCAAAUCUAGGUUGAAAGCUCAGUCACCACUGCAGUUAGUUCUGCCACACUUGGGUUGGCGUUUAACAUAACACUGCCAUGUAAUCAGUGCAUCUGCACUACAUUGGAGCACACUCGCCAGUUGUCUCUACAAGUGCCUGCUGGAUGCUUGCUGCAUCUCCUACGUCUCAGGAGGAGUGCCACGUCCAGGCGUACCUCUACAGUAGCAUGUCACUGGGCUGAGCUAUGCAGUGGCAUCGGGCCAGGAGAUGUGAUCAGUGACUGAGCCUGAGGUUUUCUGGAUAUUCUCAAGGAGGAGGAGAGUGACGUUGAUGAUUACUGUUAGCCCAGGCCUUUUUCCUUGGCUCUCACCCAGCAACAAGAGACCAGUAAUAUCUCUGCCUGAUAAGGAUCUUUGCUUCAUACAGAGCAGCACGAGAUUCCCACCAUUGUGUUGGUCUGAAUAUGAUACUCAAUACAUUAUCGACAUAACACAGACAGGUCACGCAGCUUGCGUGCGGUGAUUUUAAAUCCCUUUAUCUCCCAGGUGUCUGACUGCCACAGCUACCUCCAUUGUCCCAUAGAUGUAGGUGAUAGCACAAAGUGUGCGGAUGCACAGAGCCCAGGUCCAAGCCCAGGACCACUGGAUGGGAGGCACCUGGCGGGCCAUAGGUGGCAGUCUUUCUCACUCACCACCCUCUAGAUUGGCAUGAGCACAAGUAGACUGGCAUGUCAAACUUCAACCGGCUGUUUAACACAGUGCUAGACCAUGUAGCUGUUCUGCAAGCUCCAUGUAUAGGCAACAAAGCAUGUCUGUUCACUGCUCAGCCACACCUGGUCCAUUUUCAAGUGCAUAAAAACUGGCAAGGAUUAACUAGAAUAUUCUAAAUUGAUUUCAAAUGUCCUGUUGUAAUCUGAAUAUUUUAUUGGCAACGUUGGUAACACUUAAUUUUUGUCACAUUAAAAUUCAACUUUGUGACUUUUUUCAUUGUAAAAAAAACUUCAAAUAACCAGUAGAUGGCACAUACAUUAUUCAAGAUUUAUCUUGGAUAGGCACCAGCACACAUUGCUACCAGGACAAUGCCCAGUUCUAUUCCAGUGACAGAAACUAUCUGAAGAUAGAAAUUAUCUGGAGUCUGAAGAAGGACCCCGACCCAAACAUCCAUUCCCUCCACAGAUGCUGCCUGACCUGCUCCUUACUCCAGCACUUUGUGUUUUCUCCAAUUUCCAGCAUCUGACAUUCCUUGUAUCUCCAGAACUAAAACCAUCAGUCUGAAGCCUGCUGAGAUAUUUCAUUGGUAUAAAAAGUGAUAAUGAAUUACAAUUAUUACUUUUCUUGUUUAGCCCACACUAUCUUUACAGGAAACAGAAUGAUGGUUUUAGUUCUGGAGAUACAAGGAAUGUCAGAUGCUAGAAAUUUGAGAAAACACAAAGUGCUGGAGUAAGGAGCAGGUCAGGCAGCAUCUGUGGAGGGAAUGGAUGUAUAGUUAAAAAUCCAGUACUCCUGCAGCACAGCAGUGCUUGCUGAUAGAACUGUGAUGCAAAUCUCCCAUGACAGACCUUCAUCCACUAUUGGAGUGCAGAUGCGGGCCGCUGACCUGUGGACGUGCUAUUAUAUAGCUUGUAACCAGAUAGUCUUCCAGCUCACUUCUUCCUUGUAACAAGUCCAAUCGCGUCAGUUGCACUUGGAGCAAUGAAAUAAAUACUUCCGUGCACAGAGUUUUGCACACUAAUUUACUCUGUUUCAUCAGCUGGAAUAUAAUCCAACAACACCUGGUGCCUCCAGCACAGAAGUUGCUUUUAUUGUUCUGCUUUGCUAACCAAGACCUAAAUACAUUGCCCCAAUUUUGCUGAAUGGUUUGAGCAAGGGCUAAAUGGACUCUUGGAAAUCAACUUAAAUCUAUUAUUAGUUCAAUAGCAUGCAUUGGAUAAAUGGUAUUAUUGUGCGAUACAAAAUGUAAGUAUUACCGAGUAUAACUUCACAAGUUUACGUGGCGAGUUAUUUUUUGUUCUUUAAGAUGGGUCCCAAAUAAUUCUGGUAUAGGCUAGUUGGUUACUGAAGUAUUUCAGACAGCAAAACACACCUGUCUCUGUGCUACAGCACACACUUCUCUUGUGCAGCUAAUUUAAAACCCUUGCAUUUCCAAAAAUAAAACACUUACAAUAAA